AUGGGGGGGGGGGUCCGGGAGGAUGCGCCCUCCUCCCGCCCCGGGCGGGGAGCGGCCCCGGACCCUCGUCCCGUCCCGUGCCCCUCGCGUCGCUGUCCGCCGGCCGCGGACGCCCCUGCAGCGCACGACCCUCGGCGCGGCUUCCCGCUCAGCCGGAGUCCCUCGGAAGAGUUUGCAGGGCAGACAUCGCCCCCGCCCUCCUCGGUGGCCGCCGUUCCUGGGGCUCGGUCCGCGGCCGCCCAGCCGAGGCGGGUGCGUGCCCAGGCGGGUGCCCAGGCGGGGAGGACGGGGCCCCGGGAGAUCCGGACACAGCUCCCGGCCCGCUCCCGCCCCACCGGGCAGCUCUCGGGGGUCGCACCCCCGAGCCUGACGCCCCCCCUCCACCCCCGAUCGCGGGUGCAAUGUGGGCCCGGCUCCCCGCCCGAGCUGGGCAGACCGUGGCCAGCUCCUUCCUCCUCUCGGGUGCGGGGGGACCCUUCCCGGAGGGCGCCCUCGCCAAUGCGCGCCAUGUUCCCGCUUCCUCCCCUCACCCCCCCCCACCCCGAUCGGGCUCCCGUUGGGUCGCGGACAGGGACGGGGCGAGGCGCGAGCGGGGCCCGGCACUCACCGGGGGCCGGGCCGCGCGGCCGGGAGGGAGGUCUGCGCAGGGCGCGGGGCUGUCUGCGGCUGGGAUCGGGUGGAGGCGGCGGCAGAGGGAGGCCGGAGGCGGCCGCCGCUGCGAGCAGCUCCUCAAUUAUUCAGAUGGGGCCCCCUCCGCACCCUCCCCGCGCCCGCCCGCCUCGCCCCGCCCCCCGGAGUCACAUGACCAGGCCAGCCCCUAACAUUACUGCGUCCCGGCCCCCCCCCACCUCCCUCCUCUUCGUCCUCCCACUCCACCCAGCCUGCCACCCACGACUCCCCCCUGGACUUCCGGGCAUCCAGGUGCAGCCUGGAUGGCGGCGAGGGUCAGGACUGGGGACCGUGGUCCACCCCGAGUGUUAG